AUGGAGCUGUCAUUAACCUGUAAUAACAAGGUAAUAGACAAUACCUUGGAUAAACAUUAUAUAUUCCAGGAUAAACCUUGGAUAGUACCAUCCCUUGGAUAUUGUUAUAAUUCCAGGAUAAACAUUCCGGUUUCCAGGAUAAACAUUACCAUUACCUGUUAACUCCUUGUUAUAACAGCUUAAAUGCUGUCUUACUCCCCCAUUGAGGCCGGUAUGAAACCGGUACAAAAUGAAAAGUUGUUGCCGGCCACUUGUAAUGCAGAACUUGCAACAACAUGUAUG